GACUAAGAAAGGAUUGGUUCCAUAUUUUCCCCUUAGUGGCUUCAACGGUGGCGCGAUUUUCCCAGACCAAUCACAAGGCGAGCUACAGCAAAACAGAUGCAAACCCAGAGUAGGCUUUUGGCAUUUACAUAUGGACCUUGAAAUUGCUCCAUUUUCGAUACAAGUUACCCUUACGAUAUGGUAUAGACUGAUUAAAGGGUUGAAUUAUGUAGAUUGAGAUGAAUUUCUUUCAGCUGAGGCUGUUUUUGAGUAUGUGGACCUUUCCAUGGCGGUGUUUGUGAGUGUACCACUAGAAGCUGGUUUGUCAAUACAUCUUCCCUCAUCACAAUGCCAAGGAAAAACACCUGCUGAAUUUGAAAGUUUCUACGGAAUUUCAGGCGUAAAUCUUGGUCUUUCGAUUGGAUUUCUUGAGAAACAUUUGACACUUCAGCUGCCUUUGGGAUAUUCUCAGAGAAAACGCUAUCGGAAAUGUAUAUGUCCAGUAAAAAGCGAGAAAUCAUGUGUGGGACCUCCCUCGCCGCACCAGAACCCACCUGAUGAUGAAGAUCCAACACCUACUCCUCCCCCCAAGAAAAAAAAUAGGCCACCGCCGAGUGGUAAACCUGAACAGUCGCCAUGCGGAAAAGGGCCCGCUUGUGCUGGGAAUCGAACGGGCCCUGAUUGCAGUCAGCCUGAUAUGUGGCCUAAUACGGACUGUUCGGGUAACGGAAAACCAGUCAUAACCGAUAAUUGUGGAGCGCAGUGUCGCUGUUUUGGGGGAUGGGAGGGUGAAUUUUGUGACCGGUUAGUCGCAAAUGGUGGAGGUGACCCACACUUGGAGACAUUAGAUGGUGUCAAUUUCGACUUCUUUGGAAUUGGAGAGUUCUGGGGUUGUAAAAGUGUUAAAAACGAUUUUGGUCUUCAAUUUCGUUUUUAUUACUACGAGCGAGCUUCGCUAAUUGGCGGAAUUGCUCUUAAAGCUGGGCGAAGUAUUGUUACGAUUACGACGAUCAAGACUGAGAGAGUUCAAGACUUACCCAUUACGAGAAUCGAUGGAGUGGAAAUAAAUGCCACCAGUAAUUCAUCAGAACCUGUUGAAAUAAGUAAUGGUACAGUGUUAUUGGAUCGUCAAAGACGUUUUUCGUUUGAGGCUGAAGAGAACAGUGUCGUUUUGAUUUCACUUCAGUAUGAUGCAGGUGUAACAGUAACCAUUGACGUUCGUCAUAGUCGGGUGAUGAAGAGACAGUAUUUGAAUAUUCUCUACUCACCAACUGCUGCUUACAAAGGUCACACUGAAGGACUCUGUGGCUUCAUGGAUAACAAUGCCACCAACGAUUACAUAGGACCCGACGGAACUCUUUACGAUAACGCUGUUAAAUUUGCCGAAUCAUGGAGGAUCACGGACUGUCAUGAUGGCUCAGGUACAAGGGACUCUUGGUCAUGGAACUCAUCAAACUUUUAUCACGAUGACAUAAUGGACAUAACGUACACAGAUCCCUCGUACAUCCCUAUGUAUUCACUGGACGGAAUUUCCCAGUCUGUACUACAGAUUGCAACAAGCAUGUGCAAUUCCUUGAAUAUUUCUGAUAAUGAUUUACAAAGCUGCAUAUUCGAUGUCGCCAUAACCAAUGACACGACAUUUACUGAUCAGGAAACCUUUAAACGAGACUGUCCAGACCAGUGUUCAGGCAAAGGGAGAUGUGUCAAUGGAUCGUGUAAAUGUAUCGAAGGUUGGAAAGGGAAGAACUGUGACAAAGGCUCCUGUCUGAACUGUUCAACUAUCCAUGGAAAGUGUGCCAAAGGAUUCUGUGUCUGUGACUUGGGCUGGGAAGGACGAAGCUGUGAACUAGAAGCCACUUGCUUUGGAGUUAACAACUGUACCAGCCCUGAACACGGCAGUUGUAAAACGACGGAUGUUUGCCAAUGUAAUCCUGGCUACAUAGGUGCUAACUGCAGUAUUGUUCCUACUUGUAACGAUGUAUCAAACUGUACUGGCAAUGGAAUCUGUGUGGAUUUCGAUGUGUGCAAAUGUAAAAUGGGAUGGACUGGAAGCAAUUGCGCUCAAUACUCUUGCGAACAAUUGGAUUAUUGCUCUGAACGCGGUAGCUGCGUGGCAUUUGACAAAUGCGACUGCGAUUAUGGCUGGACCGGAGUAAGCUGCGCCCUUCCUGACUGUGAAGCUGUCAAUCAAUGUUCAAACAAAGGAGAGUGCAUCUCUAGUGACAAGUGCCGUUGUCUACCGGGAUUUGUUGGAGCUGAUUGCGGUCAGGUGGCAGACUGCAGUCAUCUUGCAAACUGCAGCGGCCAAGGCGUUUGCAUUUCUACAGGGUUGCUGAAUGUGUCGUGCAGUUGCUACCUUGGUUUCACUGGAGAUAAUUGCAGUCAGCCUACUUGCACAACCGUGAACAACUGUUCUUCCCAUGGCGCAUGCGUGGAAGCCGAGUUCUGUAAAUGUGACCUUGGAUACAUUGGAACUGACUGCAGUAACUUUUCUUGUGAGGCUGUCAACUAUUGCUCCGGAAAUGGAAAAUGUGUUGGCUACGACCUCUGCCUUUGCAACUCCUCCUGGUCAGGUCGAGCAUGCAGUGUUCCUGAUUGCAGUGCUGUGAAAAACUGCUCUGGCCAAGGAGAUUGUAUCCUACCCAACAUUUGCUCUUGUUAUCCAGCUUUUGAUGGCGAAUACUGCGACCAGAAGGCAAAACCAAACAUCAAUCCUCCAAGAUUUGACCAAAAGUUUUACAGCGCUGCAAUUGUAGAAAAUUCUCCAGUCGGAACAGUGAUUUUACAAGUAAAAGCUAAUGAUACAGAUUCGGGCAGAAACGGUCAGAUAUUCUAUACCAUUCUGAGUGAUGAUAACAUAGAAAGUAUUCUCACUGUCGGUGGACAGUCUGGAAAGGUUUACAGCGCACAGACGCUGGAUUUUGAGACAAAUGAAUUGAAAUCUUUUAACGUGACAAUGGUUGCAGCAGAUAACGGAUAUCCUCAGAAAUCUGGAAUCGCCACUGUACAGAUAACAUUGCUGGAUGAAAAUGACAAUUGUCCAACCUUCAUCGAGCCUCCAGGAGAUUUGAAACUAGAAUUCCUAGCACUUACUCCCGAAGAAACCGUGACCAAAGUUUCUGCAGUUGACUUGGACAGUGGAGUAAACAGCGACAUAACUUACAGCCUAUCCAAAAAUGACGCCUUCUCUAUUCAUCCUAAAACGGGUGUGGUUAUGGUGGUGUCCGACUUGACGAAGAAAGUUUAUAAGCUCACAGUUAGUGCCAGUGACAAUGGGGACGUACCCUGCACAACAGACACCAGUUUGACAGUUAAAAUCGGCGUCUUUCCGACAACAAAGCCCUUGACCAGAUUUACCAAUCCCCUCACAAACAGGAAAUCUGAAGCCCCCUCAGACCAUAAUACAUCUCCCUUGUCUGAGACUACGACGUUUACAAGGGCUACUACUACGAAUGUACCAACGGUUUCAGGAGCGGUUCCCCAGGAAGGUCCAAAUUAUGCAGUCAUUGGUGGAUCUGCUGUUGGAGGAGUACUGCUGCUAUUGAUUGCAGCACGGUGAUCAGAAAAUGCCUUUGCAAAUCCAGGACAUCCUCAGCAAAACAUACAACAGGGAGAUCGAAUGCUGGUAUGGAUUUUGAGCUGUCUGGGAGGAUUUGAGAACAUUUUAUAUCUGACAACAGGUUUAAAAAAGGAAGUUUGCCAAGCUAGAGAUUAAGUUCCUAAAAUAAUUUCUUGGAUUAUCCGUAAUAGCAUACGGCCUUUACCCACAUACUCAGUGGUAAAGGGAAGCUCUUUUUACAAGCUUACUAACGGAGUUGAUAGAGUUAAUAGCCAUGUCAGUCAGUAACACAAACCUUUACCCAUAUACUCAAAGGUAAAGAGGAGUUUUCCUUACAAGCUCAAUGAAGGAAUGAUAGUGUAGUUAAUCAUAUCAGUUAGUAACCAGCAGAGAAAAAAGCAUUGCAACGUCAGCGUCAGUUUGAGAUUAAAGCUCUCUUAAACUUAUAUCGCAAAAUAUCAUAAAAAACCCUUAGUAGUACCGGACACAGUGGUGUUAAUAACAGUAACAGUGUUAGUAGCAAUUGGAAAAGUAGUAUGGUGUAGCGAUAACAGUAGAAAUGACAGUGGAAUGAGGUAAUCAGCUAACUAUCAAAUAACCUAACUAUACUUCUAGAUCUCAGUUACAAAUGAUAACUGGUAACAUAUCUCUAGUUCUCCGUAUAUAUACGUACAAAAAGAUAGAAUAAAAAGGCGUUUAAUUGAUUUAAAAAAAAAAAAAAUUACAAACCGAGUGGGUAUAACCGUAAUUUUCUAGCUGAUUUUGAGUGUGACAUAAGUUUGAAUAAAAGCAUGGAUGGUUGUUAA